GACGAAUUGAUGCAUAAAUUAAUGGUUUUGAAAUGGAGUGAUGAAGUUCAAUAUCAUCCAUUGAUUUCUCACGAAUUUGGCCGGGUUCGCGGGAACUCAAUUAGUGCAGCCGGAUCAUUUUACUCCAACCAAACAAAACAAAACAAAUAAAGCGAGGGAAAGCAGGUAGGUCGAUAACAAUGGCUACUUCAGCACCCAAGAGAAGGCUUCCUGUUGAAGCUAACCCCUAUGUCAUGAAUCCGAAUAUCUCAUCUUCAGACGACAUUCAACUUUCUUCAGAGCCCCUUGAUAUUAAGAAAUGGUUCCCCAGCUAUGUGUAUGAAUCUCCAACAUUAGACAGCAGUGAUGGAUUUACUCUAUCUGAAUAUGAAGAAAGUGAAUUUGACUUUGAAGAAAGUAACAAUGGUGGUGGCCAAAGGGAAUGGGAGAACUUAGGCUCUACAGAAAUGUUUUUCAUGGAUAUAAAGAAUAUCAACCAGCCUUCUUCUCCAAAGAAGAGUGAGUGCUAUAGUAAGGUGACUGGAAAGUCACCCCAAUUGGAACCUGGGGGUAGCAUCAACCGAGAUGAAGUCGGUAAUGGUAUUGCAGAGAAAGGCUUCAUCUCUACAAUAAAGAAGAGUGAGUUCUAUAGUAAGGUGACCGGGAAGUCACCCCAAAUGGAGCCUAGGGGUAGCAUCAACCAAGACGAAGUCGGUAAUGGUGUUGCAGAGAAAGGCUUCUUCUCUACAAUAAAGAAGAGUGAGUGCUAUAGUAAGGUGACCGGAAAGUCACCCCAAAUGGAGCCUGGGGGUAGCAUCAACAGAGACAAAGUCGGAAAUGGUGUUGCAGAGAAAGGCUUCAUUUCUACAUUAAAGAAGAGUGAGUGCUAUAGUAAGGUGACCGGAAAGUCACCCCAAAUGGAGCCUGGGGGUAGCAUCAACAGAGACAAAGUCGGAAAUGGUGUUGCAGAGAAAGGCUUCAUUUCUACAUUAAAGAAGAGUGAGUGCUUUAGUAAAGUGAUCGGAAAGUCACCCCAAAUGGAGGCUGGGGGUAGCAUCAACAGAGACGGAGUCAGAAAUGGUGUUGCAGAGAAAGGCUUCAUCUCUACAAUAAAGGUCAGAAGUAGGAGACAUGAUGAUGAAAACCAGUCUUUGACUCUUAGUGAUCCAACCAAAGAUAAAUCCAUCAAUGGGAAGCCGAAGCAUAUUGCAGGAAGGAUUCUUUCAGUCGUCACUAAAGCUCAGCAGAAUCAACCACCAUCUGAUGCAUCUCAGAUCAUUGGGAAAUGGCAGUGUCCACGGAAGAGUAAGCCACCUUUGGGUCCUCGUUUAAAGCAGCUUCGGCUUGAACAAUGGGUUUGGAGGAUAUGAAAAGUGAUAUUUGUUGCAAGUCUGGAACAAAGAGCGAUUGGUGUAUAUCCAAGAUUGAUGUUAUUUAUAAAUUUAAGCUUCCUACAUUAAUGAUAAUGCUGAUCAUUUUAUUCGUUUCACAUUCGUAGCUUG